ACUAUCCAGUCCAGCAUGUGUAUUUCCUUGAAAGUAAAAGCAUUAAAGUUAAAGCAUACUGUAGGCGACACCGGACAACUGAUACGUACUGGGCUCACUCAAACUUGGCGACAACGCUUAUUAUUAUCACAAAGUUGAGUGGAUCAUUGCAGCAUGCUCAGGAAAGUGGGUGUGCUUGCUUCUCAGCAGAUAUGCAGCACAGCAUCUGGACUGAUCAUUACCCUGAGAAAACAUCACAUCAAGCUGAGAGUGACAGUUUUGUAAGGCCUAUCCCUAGCAAAACAGAGAGAAUAAAAGGACUCAACAGCUACAGGACACCAGGAGUGCCUGUUACUUGUGCUAAUCUACCCGUGCAAGUGUCUGAAAGCCCUGAGGAUCAUCGAGUUCUCUGGUCAUGUUAAGAAAAAUGGUGGAUGAUUUCUACACUCAUGGGACUGACCAGAGAUCUACCCGCCCAGGUUGUCUCUCUACAGUGGUAAAGAAAAUGUAUGAGUCUUCAGGGGAUCACCAGUCCGAAAUGGGGGUGUUAGCAGCGCCCCCCCCCACCCCCACCCACUGGAAAAGAUGCUGAGGCAGUCCAUCCCCGACCAUCAUACAAUGAGGCUCUGGAUCUAGCUCUGGUUCCAAAGAAAAGCCCAGCAAUAAUGGAUGGUGUAACAGGUUACAAGAGAGAGGCUAAAUGGAACAUUGCUACCUACAGAAGAGAUGAAGAGGCCCCAAAUCUUAAAUUAACCAUGGCUCAAAGUCAGGAGUCAAAAGGCCUCCCACUUCCUGUCACCCAGCAACUUCCUGUUACUCAGUGUCUGGGUGAACUUGCAGCUCCUCGUCAACAAAUGAAAAUGACCUUUUACAGAAGUAGAGUGGCUGGGAUGGAGCAUGUGAAAUAUACUGUGUUUCUUCAGUUCUUAAUCAUCACUGCACUAAUUCAACACUCUGAUGGAAGCUGUUCAGCCUGCAGUGACGACAGAUGUGCAAAAGUGCAGACAAUAUAUGGAUCGAAUGACACCAUAGUGUAUCAGAGAAGUAACCCCAUUGAAAACCUCACAAGUUGUUCCACCACCUCUGCGCCACCUCCUCAGAGUCAGAGAUGCGUUGUGUGUCUUGCUGAUAUCAGAGAUAUAAUCCUCUUUUGCUCAGACAGCUGGGAAGCAGCCGGGCUGCUCGACUGGGAAGUUGAUGGCAUCCGAUUGAGAAACAUCUUUAUGGUUGACUGCCCAGCCAUGAAGACUGUUGAUCGUGUAACAGACCUUAUCCCUGGUGAGAUUUCUGGUACCCUCAACCCUGGUGGGAUUGCCGGUAUUGUGGUCUCCUGUGCUGUGAUUGGCCUCGUGUCAGUGUUGGGAAUCCGUUUCUGUUAUCGCAAGAUUGAACGCGAUCGUCAAGAGAGGAGAUGGGGGACAAAUUUGACCAACCCUAUCCCUCAGGUGAUGGGCCUGAAGCUCUGUAGAUGACAAAAGUAUGAGGAACAUGCAGUGGAGCAUUUGGGAGACGAACAGUGAAGCAUUCUACAUUUUCAAACAAACAUGUCUUAUGAGUUGGUAACACUAGUAGAAACUACAAUUGUAUCGUUUGUGCUGGAAACUUCUAAGGGAAAAAAGUUACAAUGAUAGUGCAUGCCUUUAGAAACUUAUAUUUUCUUUCCUAUAUAGGUUAUCCAUAUGCUUACCUACAGUUGAAGUCGGAAGUUGACAUACACCUUAUCCAAAUAUAUUUAAACUCCGUUUUUCACAAUUCCUGACAUUUAAUCCUAGUAAAAAUUCCCUGUCUUGGGUCAGUUAGGAUCACCACUUUAUUUUAAGAAUAAUGCGGAUGAAUGAAGAAUAAACUGAUCAUGUAAAUUGA